AUGGACGCUUUUGCUGCAAUUGGUCAUCAUGACGACGCAAUAGAAGAAGCACUUUUCCUUGAUGAUGAUGAUAUUAUUCAUGAAAUCUCUGAUGAUGAUGAUGAUGAAGAGCUUCCGGACGCUGAAGAUGAUGAGGAAAGUUUUGAUGCUGAAUUACCGGGCGAAUUAUACACAGUCGCGUGCAGUCCAACUGAUCCUCAUCUAGUGGCUACAGGAGGUAAAGAUGAAAAAGUAUUGCUCCGGAACAUUGGUCAAGGAGAUUGCGCUUCCAAACUAGAAGGUCAUAGUGAUUCAAUUUCUAGUCUGGCGUUUAGCAGCGAUGGUCAAUUACUUGCAUCUGGAAGUGCAGAUGGAUUAGUUAAAGUAUGGAAUGUAUCAUCGCGGACUUUAGAAUGCACAUUUGAUGGCCCUACAAAGGAGAUUGAGUGGGUAAAGUGGCAUCCUAAUGAACAUUUAGUCUUGGCUGGUUCAAAAGAUAAAACUGUGUGGAUGUGGAAUGCUGAGAGGAGGUUUUUCCUUAACGUGUUUGCCGGGCAUGGAGGUUCUGUUACUUGUGGCGAUUUCACUCCAGAUGGUAGAAUGAUUUGCACUGGCUCCAAGGAUGCUUUAAGGAUAUGGAAUGGCAGAAGUGGAGAAAUUAUCCAUAUGGUUACAGGCCAUACUUAUCCCAUCAAAAGGUUGACAUGCUUGAGUUUAAGUUCUGAUUCUACCCUUGCUCUUACUGGUUCAAAGAGCGGCAGUGUUCAUCUAGUUCAGAUAGCCACAGGACAGGUUAUAGGUUCACUGACUGCUCAUUCGGAUUCUGUUUUAUGCACUGGCUUUGCUUCGUCAAGCUCUCAAUGGGCUGCAACAGGAGGCAGGGAUCAGAAGCUUGUCGUAUGGGAUCUCCAUAAUCUGAACUCUCGAUGCAUCUGCGAACACGAGGGAGUAGUUGUAUGCUUGACAUGGUUGGGUGCGUCGAGAUAUUUGGCUACGGGUUGUGACGACGGCAAAGUACAGAUAUGGGAUAGUCUUUCUGGAGAAUGCGUGAGAAUCUUUAGCAGUCAUGACCGUAGCGUUCAAUCUCUGGCCGUUUCUGCCAAUGACGAUUUCCUGGUUUCAGUCUCUUAUGAUGAAACCACCCGUUUUUAUGAAAUUUCUGGAUUCAAGUGA